AUUACUCUUUAAGACUUUAACCAACAACAAAAUAAUGGCCAGCUUGACCUUAAGGAGGAUAAUUCCUUUUGUUCGGAAUCUAGGCGCCCAUGACAAAUUUUCCCGUGCGCUCUGCCACCUCUUUUACCCAAAUCCUUUCUGCCGGAGUCGUACCGUAUAUAAACUCUUUCCACAAAAUUUGGAAAAUGAUUAUUCCAAAGUUUCGUCACAUCGCGCUCUCCUAAAGAGUAUACUUUCUGUACUUCCAUCAAGAAUUCUUCGUACGACUUCACUGAACAGAUGCAUGACGAGUCCAAGUUAAAUGGGUUCGUACGACCGCCACAAUACAAUGUAACCCAUGCGCUCGCCAGUCUCUCAAGGAGACGAGGAUCACGAACAACGAAGAAGGAAGGAUUUAAUUCUUUGCAGACCGCGUCAUUGCCUAUAAAAGACGAUAGAGAGAAAACAGAGCAAGUUCUCUAGGCUUCCGUAUCGAUCAAGUUCUAGAGCCAUAAUUAAUACCAAUUCGCCUCAGAGCUUCAAUCGUCCGCGGCCAAAAAUCGCAGUAGACGCCAAGUAUUUGACCAAAUUGAACUCAGAUUCGGAGUCGGACACGAGAUAGAAAAGAACACGUAAAUCGCUUUUGCUCACUCUUAUUCCCAAUUAUAACUGGGAACCCGGUCACGAUACAAAACAGCGAGAGAUCCCCAAUCCUCAAGCGGCCUCCCUCCUAAUUCUUCAAGAAUUAGGGUUUCUUUCAUCGUUUCGCUCCAAGCACCUCGGUUAUGAUCGUCAAGCGCUGCCUUAGGUCGUCCACGUCAGCCCUAAAGCGCUGCAGCGGCCCUCCCAACGUCGUCGACGAGGACGACGACGGCGAACAGAGGGUUGACGCCAUGCCACGCCUUAAGCGGCCGGGGCCUGACCCCUUCGCCUUGGAGAAUCUCUGGAGAGAUUCCGCCGGCGAUGAUGCCAGCAGCGCGGUCGUGACGUCUUCGUCCACCGCAUCGUCUUUCUACUCCGGGGGGGUUAGGUCUUCUACGAACCGCUGGGAUCCGGCGCGAACGUCGAGGGGGCGGGCGAAGGUGAUCCCUAAACGAUUGCCUGAUUGCGUGCUGAUCGAUCCUGGGGACGAAAAGAGACCUAAUUCGAAAACCCUAGACCCCGAUUUUGACGGCAGAGGUGAAAAUUCCGUUGGUUCCAGGACUAAUCCGAUCGCAUUGUACGGGAAGGAGGAGCAGGAUUUGUACUGGGCCUGCAGGAACUUCAAUAGAAACAAGCAUUUUUCACCGUCUCGAAGUACGGUAACAAAAGAGGGUAAUUGUGAUGUUGGUGAACAGUGGUGGCAGGAUUGUAAUUUUGAGCAGGGAGGGGCGAACAUGACACAGCUUGCUGUAGGAGAUGUUGUUUGGGCUCAGUUGGGUAGUACGUAUCCUGCUUGGCCUGCGAUUGUUGUUGAUGCAAUGCAGCAAUCGUCGAAAACGGACUCGGAUUUAUGUGUCCCCGGAGCAAUCUUGGUGAUGUUCUUCGGUUGCUUCGGACCUGGAAACAAAAGGGACUAUGCGUGGGUGAAGCAGGAGUUGAUAUUUCCUUUUCUGGACCAUCUAGAUAGGUUUCAGGAGCAAACAGAGUUGCAAAAAAGCAGGCUCAGUGACUUCCACACGGCAAUAGAGGAGGCCUUCUUAGCCGAACAUGGUUUUUCUGGGGUGCAGGACAAUAUUGCUAUGGUCGUACAGCCUUCUAAUCAUCAUAAGCUUCUCCCUAGAGUGAUCCAGGAGGUCACUGGCUCAAACCAUGAUCAGGAUUGCCAAUCACAGAUCAAGGAUUUGGAGGGUGUUGAUUAUUUAUGCUCCAAGUACAAGGCAGAUGCAGUGACAGAUCGCACAGAAGUUAGCUUGAUUAACAGAUACACUGAGAAGAGUUGUCAAGACAAACAUUUUUCUAAAGUAGAUGUUGUGUGCUGUGGCAUGGAAGGGAUGUACCUGCCAGAUCAACAUUUGGUUAUGUGUCCCUGCGGUUCUUGCAAGGGAAUGAAACACACACUUACUGAGUGGGAGCGGCACACAGGUUGCCGAAGUAAAAAGUGGAAGAGUAGUGUUAAAGUCAAAAGUACAAUGACUCCACUUUCUCAAUGGAUAGAACGUAACCAUGAUAGUACCAUUUUCGCAUAUGAUGCCAAGUAUUCAUCUCAGACAGUAAGGAAAGAGAAGAUACUUGCAGUAUUACAAGUGUUUGCCAUAAACAUCAUCUUAAUAGAAGCAUAUAAUUCAGUAUGCCCUAAGUGGACGACUGAGAGAUGUGCAAUCUGCAGAUGGGCUGAAGACUGGGAGUAUAAUAAAAUCAUCAUUUGUAACAGAUGUCAAAUAGCUGUACACCAGGAAUGCUAUGGAGCAAGAGGUAAAAAGGAUUUCACAUCUUGGGUCUGCAAAGCGUGUGAAAUACCACAGCGAAAGAAGGAAUGCUGUCUUUGUCCAGUGAAAGGUGGGGCUCUGAAGCCAACAGAUGUUGAUACAUUAUGGGUGCAUGUAACAUGUGCUUGGUUUCAGCCAGUUGUCUCUUUUGCAAGCGAGGAAAAAAUGGAGCCUGCCAUCGGCAUAGCGAACAUUCCGUUAGAGUCUUUUUGUAAGACCUGUGUAAUAUGUAAACAAAUGCAUGGUUCCUGCACAAAGUGCUAUACAUGUUCAACUUACUAUCAUGCAAUGUGUGCAUCAAGAGCAGGAUAUCGUAUGGAGUUGCACUGUGAAGAAAAGAACAGGAGACAGAUAACAAGGUGGGUUUCGUAUUGCUCACUUCACAGGACACCGGACCCAGAUACUGUUUUAGUUAUACAUACACCCCACGGAGUCUUCACUUCAAAAAAGUUGCUUCAGAAGAACAGAAAGAAUAAUGCUUCAAGGAAAAUUAGAAUAGACAUUCAACAGGAUUCACCCUUACCUUCACAUCAUUCUGAAACUUCAUCUGCAGCUAGAUGCCUGAUUUAUAAAAAGACAGGAACUAAGAGAAAGUUGGAAGAUGCCGCUGCACACAUAAUUAAGGGGUCUUGCCAUCAUUCAAUUGGUGAAAUUUUAAGAUUGAAUGUAUCUAUGAACAAGAAGGAUCCAGAGUCAUUUUCCACGUAUAGAGAGCGGCUUUCUUACCUGCAGUCAACUGAGAAAAGUCGAGUAUGUUUUGGUAGAUCUGGAAUACAUGGAUGGGGCCUAUUUGCACGUAGGAACAUUCAAGAAGGAGAAAUGAUUAUUGAGUAUCGUGGUGAGCAGGUCAGGCGCAGUGUUGCGGACUUGAGGGAGGCACAGUACCAGUUGGAAGGAAAAGAUUGUUAUUUAUUCAAGAUCAGUGAAGAGGUAGUGGUUGAUGCUACAACGAAAGGAAACAUAGCACGUUUGAUUAACCACUCUUGUACACCAAAUUGCUACGCUAGGAUAAUGAGCGUGGGUGGUGAGGAGAACCGAAUUAUCCUAAUAGCCAAGUCUAAUGUUUCUGCUGGCAGUGAGCUAACGUAUGACUACUUGUUUGAUCCUGAUGAAAGUGCUGAUAAGAAAGUCCCUUGCUUCUGCCAAGCGCCAAACUGCCGGAAAUUUAUGAACUAGCUAGUUUGGCGUAUACUCAUCAUUAAUUCCUAACACCUGACAACUUCAUCGUCUCCUCCCCGGUUCGAUGACAACAGAGAUCUUUUUCCAUCACUUGUUUAUAUCGUUGAAGCCAAUUUCUAAUCCGAGAACGUGUAUAGGCAUCCAAAAUGGGCUCAUUUAUUUGUAAAUUCCAUUAUUUUUUAGUUAUGAAUUGGUUUUUUAUUUCAAUUUAAUAAUAUAUCAU